AUUCGAACAUAACCUUGUAAACAGUCUUCUUCGUGGCCAACUUCUGAUCUGCAGCUCCAUUCUCCACACCUCACAGUGUGUGUUACGAUAUGCUCAACGGCACCAUGAAGAGGACUAGAAAAAGAUAAAAAUUCUUAUUUUUUAUCAUUCCUUGACAUUUUCAUUUUGAAAACAGCUGUAUACGCCAAAGAAGGCAACUGUCAUCAAACCCACGCGGGUACAUGUAUCAGGAGCAUGACAUUGUGUAAGUUACUAUCUCUGCGGAAAUACCACAGAUGUGCAGACCAAAAAUCUUCACUGGAUUAGCGCCCACCCUCUUCUCCAAUAAUAUUUAAAAGCAGCGGCGGCCUUGCUGUCGGCACUGCUCACAAACAUCACUGUGACAAUGUUCAAACUUGUUGUGGCUUGCGCUCUUUUGGCUGUGGCAUUGGCCCAGUUCCACCCACGUCCUUUUGGACCUCGUCCAACUGGUGACGGGCCACACCCACCCCACCCACCACACCCACAUCCCACUGGAGACGGGCCAGACCCCUCUGUCAUGCCUCAUGGACACGAGGGACACACCCACCCCCCACUGGACUGCGAGAGGAUCCUCGCCGAGGACUGCAGCAAAAUGCAACACAACAGACCAGUGUGCGGGUCUGACGACGUCACUUACGACGGCAUGUGCUCUUUCGGACAAGCAAAGUGCAAGAAUGAGGAUCUGACCGUGCAGUGGUUCGCUUCCUGCGAGGGUGGAAUGCCAACCAGAGGACCCGAUGGUCCCUUUGGUCCCCAUGGUCAUCAUGGUCAGCCAUUCGGAUACUAACCUGGUUCAUAUUUUACUCGCAGCACGACAAGUUGUAUAGAAAGUACAAUAAAUAUCAA